UUAAAGUUGUYUUUCAAGCCAAGAAAAGACAACAACUGUCUUGGUUUCCAAAGGCUGUUGAUCAGAUCAUGUCUGGAGCUAGCAAAAAGGAUGUGAAAGUGGUCAUCAAGAAGCAAAGAUGGUACCUUGGAGGAAUAGCUUCGGCCAUGGCUGCAGCUUGCACACAUCCUCUAGAUCUUUUGAAGGUUCACCUGCAAACUCAACAAAAUGUWACAAAAGGUCUCAUUGCAAUGGGUGUCCAUGUUGUCAAAGUACAAGGAAUAACAGGCUUGUAUGCUGGACUGACAGCUUCAAUGAUGAGACAGUUGACAUACUCAACAACAAGAUAUGGUUUAUAUGAAAUAUGGUCAAGAAUGUUAAGAAAAGGAGAUGAACCCCUUCCCUUCUAUCAGAAAGCCAUUGUAGGAGGAUCAGCAGGAUUCCUUGGUGCUUUUGUAGGAAAUCCAGCUGAUGUUAUAAAUGUUCGAAUGCAGAAUGACAUUAAACUUCCAGUUGAACAAAGAAGAAACUAUAAACAUGUCUUUCACGGACUAUACAAAUCUGGUACUCAAGAGGGAGUGUUGGUGUGGUGGAAAGGAGUAUCUAUGACAUCCACUAGAGCAUUACUUAUCACAUUUGCUCAGGUUGCAUGUUAUGACCAAGUAAAGCAGACAUUGUUAUAUACAGGGUUUUUCCAGGAUAACAUGAUUACUCACUUCACAUCAAGCUUUAUAGCAGGUACCAUAGCAACAGGUGUUACCCARCCMUUUGAUGUCAUGAAGACAAGGCUAAUGGAGGCAAGACCAGGUCAAUACAAGAAUGCCUUCCAGUGCUUUGUAUAUACAGCUAAAUUGGGACCCAUGGGGUUUUAUAAGGGAUUUGUACCAUCGUGGAUAAGAAUAGCACCUUAYACAAUAUUAACAUGGAUGAUCUUGGAGCAGUUGAGAAGGGCAUUUCCUUAUGAAUAAUGCUAGUCUAUCUAGCUUUUUAAAUUUGUAGAAUUGUAAAAUUGGUUAAGACAUGGGAAAAAGUCUCCCUCACGGUUCCCUGCGCCAUGUUGAAAGGUAGCCGUGCCUUUGCAUCAAAGCAAGACAACCGUUGAGCGUGCAA